GCUUCCAUCUUUCUUUCUUAUUCUUGUUCAAAGCAUGUUCUUUGAGGUCGUAAUUAGCAUUGAAAAUGGUACAACCACCAAAGGAGGUCACUGGGUGGAGCUGCAGCGCAGCAUAGGCAUCUCCGCCAUGCACAUGCAAGUAAUGUACGACAACAAGGUCGUAAUCUUCGACCGCACCGACUUCGGCCCCUCCAACAUCUCCCUCUCCCACCAUCGCUGCCGCUUCAACCCCCACGACCUCGCCCUCAAGCUUGACUGCACCGCCCACUCCAUCCUCUACGACCUCUCCCACAACACCCUCCGCCCCCUCACCCUCCGCACCGACGCCUGGUGCUCCUCCGGGGCUCUCACCCCCGACGGCUCCCUCCUCCAGACUGGCGGUUUCAACGACGGCUACACCACCCUCCGCUCCUUCACCCCCUGCCCCCAACACAAUACCUGCGACUGGCGCGAACUUCGCAACCACAGCCUCUCGAACAGCCGCUGGUACUCCUCCAACCAAAUCCUUCCCUCGGGGAAAAUCAUCGUCGUGGGUGGCCGCAACUCCUUCACCUACGAAUUCGUCCCCAAAAACGACGUCGCCUCCUCGUCGUUCCACUACCUUCCCUUCUUGAAACACACGCGUGACCCCAACCGCGGCGAGGAGAACAAUCUUUACCCCUUCUUGCACCUCUUACCAGACGGAAACCUCUUCAUCUUCGCCAACCGCAACUCCAUCCUCUUCAACUUCACCACCAACAAAGUCCUCCGCAACUUCCCCACCAUCCCCGGCCAAGAAAAAAGAAACUACCCCAGCACAGCCUCCUCCGUUCUCCUCCCGUUAAACCUCACGGGUCUCAACAAAACGCGUUUGCCCGACGCCGAAAUUAUGAUAUGCGGCGGGGCCUACCCUGGCGCGUUUAGCUUGGCCAACACGUUGAAGAUCUUUCUAGAAGCUUCCCGAACGUGCGGGAGGUUGAGAGUGACGGAUUCGAACCCUGUGUGGGUCAUGGAAACAAUGCCCACGCCGAGGGUUAUGCCUGACAUGGUUCUGCUUCCCAAUGGGAAUGUCAUUAUCUUGAACGGUGCAAUGAAUGGUACCGCCGGGUGGGAGAACGCGGCCAACCCGGUUUUGCAUCCGGUUUUGUAUAGACCCGGUUUGGUUGACCAGUUUCCGAGGUUUCAGUUACUGGCGCCGGCGAGUACUCCGAGGAUGUAUCACUCGUCCGCUGUGCUGGUACCAGAUGGCAGGGUUUUAGUGGGCGGGAGCAACCCGCAUAGGGUUUAUGAUUUUCGGGCAAACCCGUACCCGACGGAGUUGAGUUUGGAUGCGUAUUACCCGGAGUAUUUGGGGACAGAGUUUGACUCAAUGCGUCCCUCGAUAGUCGCUGUUGAGGCUACGAACAAUACGGCGUCGUAUGGAAAGGUGUUUGCGGUGAAUUUUUUGGUACGGGAGUACCGUGUUGGAGGGGUGGGAGUGACGCUGGUGGCGCCGUCAUUUACGACGCACUCGUUCGCGAUGAACCAGAGGUUGCUUUUGCUGGAGGUGGUUGGGGUUGAGCAGGUGGCGCCUUCAGGGUACAGAGUGGUUGCGCGUGCGCCCCCUUCGCUGGCUGUGGCGCCACCUGGGUUCUACAUGCUUUUUAUCGUGCACGCUGGAGUUCCGAGCGGUGCGGUUUGGGUUCAGGUGAAAUGAAAAUGG